AUGCACCAUCUUUCCAGGCCUACUUUCUCCUUUUCUAUUCCUUCAAUACAUGAUGGCCGUCAACUCGAAUGUCAUGUUUAUCUGCCCCGCCACUUGGAAAAUAUAGAAUCCACAGCUCCAAACAACAUUCAAGGAGCCAUCUUCGCCCACCCCUACGCACCACUGGGUGGCAGCUACGAUGACCCCGUGGUCAGCUUUAUCGGCGGAGAGCUCCAAAAUGCGGGCUUUGUCGUGGGAACCUUUAACUUCCGGGGAGCUGGAGGGUCCGAAGGACAGACUAGCUGGACCGGCAAACCCGAACUAGGCGAUUAUACUUCAUUCUAUGGGUUUAUGCUACACUAUCUGCAUGCUUUGAAAUCGACACAGGGAUCCAGGGUAGAGGGCGACCGAGACAGAGGCAUCGAUCUCAUACUCGGUGGGUACUCCUACGGGUCCAUGAUUGCCUCGCAUGCCCCGACCCUUGAUGUCAUGAUUGACCUAUUCAAACCCGGCCCUGGCGUCGGCACUACGGUAUCUCCGGACACGCCCAUUGAUCGGAUUGGUAGAGAGGCAAGAAAGAUCGCUGCUGCGACAAUACCAGGUUAUGUAGCAGCAAGGCCACAGGGUCGUGAUGACGAGGGGUUCCACGCGUCAACCUUGAUCUCUUAUCUUCUUGUGUCACCCUUGUUGUUUCCUGUUAGUUCUUUUCUGACGGUAUUCACCACGCUCUCGGUAAAUGUGGGGGACCGGUCAGCUCAGGCCCGACCCGCUCGUCCAGCCGACCAGCUGAGUGUGCACCGGACACUGGCGUUAUUUGGGGAUGAUGACACCUUUACUUCCGUGGGGAAAUUGCGGCGGUGGUCAGCCGAGUUAGGCCGCAUGCCGCAUAGUCAGUUCCGGGGAUGUGAGAUUGAGAACGCGGGGCAUUUUUGGCGAGAAGAUGGAGUGGAGCAAGAGGCGAGAGAGAUACUGCGGGAAUGGCUCCGAGGCUAUGCAUUUGACGAGUAG